GGCCGCGCGGGAGGGAAGAUGGCGGCGGCGGCGGCGGCGGGCGGGGGGGGCGCCGCCGUGUCGGUGCUGGCCCCCAGCGGGCGGCGGGUCACGGUGCGGGUGGGGCCCGGCACGGUGCUGCUGCAGGUUCCAGAGGAGCAUGUUGGAUCUCUCGUUGCAGUGGAGGUUUGCCAGACUGCCCAACAAUGCCAAGCUGGAGAUGGUGCCAGUCUCCGGGAGAGCGGGCACCGGCAGCACGGAGCAAAAUCAGCCUUUGGGAAUCGCAGGGCCCAGAGGGCAGCGGGAGAGUCUGGAGCAAGGACCGCGUACCCUUGGUGGGAGGUUCGGAUCGCAUUACAGUUAGACAAUGGCUCCCGUUUACAGGACACCUUUUUCUGCCAACAGACUUUGUGGGAACUUCUCAGCCGUUUUGCAGAGAUCAGGCAGUUUAUGGAACAGCACGGCGAAUUCUCUCCGGUCUGUGUUUACAUGCGAGAUGAGAUAUCAGGAAAAGCUGCCCUGGAGAAGACGACGCUGAGGUCGCUUGGCCUGACCGGAGGCAGUGCCAUCAUCAGAGUCGUCAUGAAGAAAUGCCCUUCUCCCGGCGGGGAGGAGGCCGCGGGUGCCGCGGAGCAGCGUGACGAGCCGGCGGCGAGCCGGGGCCCUGCCGAAGGAGCUGCGGAUGUGCCUCUGCCUCCAGCAAACGCCUUCCCGCAGGACUCGGGGCACGGGGAUGUGGCCGUGUCUCUAAACAGCUGCACAGACGAGCAAGACUUGGCUAAAAAAUCCCAUGGCGGCUUGGAGGAACUGCGGCCUUCCUCACGGCCGGAGUCUGCCCCAUUCAUCCCCUUCUCUGGGGAUGGGCAGCGUCUGGGGAGCUCUGCUGUAGCUGAUGGGUUAGAUACGCCAUCGUCAAAGCUGCCAACAACUUUCUCCAGCCCUGGAGGCCCUUCUAAGCCAAAGAAGUCUAAGAACAGCCAAGAACUGCAAAAGGAGCAAGAACAGCUUGUGGAACGAGAGCCGCUGGUGUGUCACCCUGAUCUGCUGGAACCGCUUCCUGCUGGCCCAGAAGAGCUUCCUGACGAGUUUUUUGAAGUCACGGUGGACGACGUACGGAAGCGUUUGGCGCAGCUGCAGAGCGAGAGGCAACGCCUGGAAGAAGCUCCACUGAUGACGAAGUCUUGGAGGGAGGCUCAGCUGAAGGAGAAGUUGGAGCGUUACCCAAAGGUGGUGUUGAGAGUCCAUUUUCCAGACCGUCAUGUUCUACAGGGGUUCUUCCGCCCUAGCGAGACUGUUGGCGUUUUGAGAGACUUUGUAAGAGCCCACCUUGCCGAUGCCGACUUGCCGUUCUACUUGUUUAUUGCACCUCCCAGAGUCAUCCUGAACAACGAAAGUUUGACACUCUUUGAGAUCAUGUAACGGAAAGAAUGCUUCUCAUUCUGGCAGCUGCACGUUCCCCGUAGGCAGCAGCGGCUGCCGGCUCUGAAGGCGUCGCCCCGUCAGAGAGCAGAACAACCGUGCUCAUAAUGUGUGGAUUUUGCAGUACUCUGUUCUAGGAUUUUCUGAAUGUGUGUGUCUGGAGAGACCCAGUGAAGAAGGAGGUAUCGGGAUGUUAUUUGGGGAGAGUUCUGCCUGAAAUAUUUUCUGUGCUCUAGAGAACAAGUUACUAAAACAUGCAGUAAGACAAAGCAGAAGUGUUUCUCUCAUGUGUCGCAGCUGGACUCCAGGGGACUGUUGUUCCAGGUAGACGUGUUUGCCGCGGGAGGCGGGAGGCAGCAGCCCAGCCCCGCGCCGCGCCGCCGGUGCCCCGCUGUCGCAAACCGCGGCUCCGCGCCGGGGACGGGACCUGCAGCGCCGCGGCCGCAGGCUGAAUGCGGCUUCACGAGGAGCAGGCUGCUCUUCGCGUGUCAGGAACCGAAAGCGUUCAUUUGAGCUUCGGCAACUGUAGCUAAGUAAAUUGGCAAAGCUGUGUUAUUUAGAUCUUUUAAAACCUGAGGGGUGUUUGUUUGCAGCGACAGUCCUUACGUGGGGAGGGCAGCAAGCAGCACGCUGGCUCCCUCCGUUCCUCGCCUCAUCGGUGGCUUUCCGAUCCCUUCAGAAGAAAGUUGUCCUGUGCUGAAGGCCUUGGGUGGCCUCUGGAGACUGACACACGGUUCUCAUUGCUGCUGCUGGCCUCCUCUGUGACCUUCGAUAAGUUAACUAAUCGCUUUACGUCUCUGUUUUUCACCUGUACAAAAAACAAUCAACCAACCACACACAAAAACCCCCAAGUGUCAUACUUGCUUACAUUUUUAUUUAUAUUGCACGUUGCUGCUCAUUAUAUAUAUAUACAUAUAUAAAACUGCACAAUGGAACAGCAUUUUCAAUGAGAUUCCUAGGUGCUGUUGCAAUAAAAACAAUCUAACUGUAUCUUGUAAAGAUGCCUUGCGCAGUGUGACUUUAACAUUGUAAUUUGACAGAUUAAUAGCAUCUAUUUUCCCAGUCAGAAUGGCGUUUGUAUCUUUGGCUGGAAGUCCACGCAGCAAGGAAGAUAAACGCUGGAUGUUGGAGUAGAGCAGCUCACUGGUGACUCACUCGUGUUGUAGUAAUUCUUUGCAUAAAGCUGAAUGGAGUUCUUGAAUAUUUGUUUCAAACAGCCUGUGAUCCUUCUGGUCGAUCUGACAGGCUCAGUGUGACCCUGAGAGGUUUCUAAGUCUGUUUUAAUUCACAGGAUAUUCUUACAAGAAUUCUAUGCAGUGAGGUUAAGAACUGCAGAGUUGUUCCUUUAGAGAAAACGAUACAUGCAUUAGAACAACUGCAAACGAGGGAAUACCAGCUGACUUGAGAAUGUAGGUUUCAGGUGAUGGUCUGCCCAGUGUUCGAUCCUUGCAUUCUUAGCAGUGAUAGACAAUAAUAAAGGCUCCAGUUUUGGGUUUGUAUGUUUUCCUGGGCUGCAGCUAUUAAAGCCUUCUCAUCUUUAUGCCAAGACAUUCCUUGGCCAGUGGGAUCAUUCCACUGGCUCUUUUUUCAUGUGACAUUGGUGCCGAUUUGAAUACUUUGGUGUUACAAAACCUCUCAGGCAGCUGAUGUGCUGCCAGUGACUGGGGAGAGCCCCUGGGGCGGCGGGGGCGCUGCGUCCCGUGCCCGGCGCCGCGGCCCCGCACGGGGGGAGCCAGGCAGAGGCCGCACGGAUGAGCCCGCAGUCCCAGCUGAGGGAGCAGAGCUCACGGGGUGUGAAUUUGGCCGGAGGGGGCUGUGUUGGCUGGCCCCGGGGGCCGCGGGUGGAGCUGUGAGCAGGGCGCGUGCUGUGUCCCGUGAGCUGCUCUCUGGUUCCUGCGAGUUUCUUUCAGUUAAAAGAUUUGGAACUGAAACAUUUGGACUGAUGUUUUGCCAGCAGUGGGAGGUGGUUGUGGAGGCUGAUCCCGGAGCUUAGAACUAGGGCUAUUUGUGUGCCUGUGAGUCCGUGGGUAGAGGUUCGUCCUGGGGACAGUCUGUGUGUCUGUCUGGCUCUCGGGCUGCCUCUCUGCUCCCUUUUCCCUUUGUGCCUCACGCAGGCCCUGCCAUGGGUUUUCUGUGACCCCUUGGGGCCGUUCCCACCCGCGGCUUUGAUGUGUGUGCCCAGAGCCUGAUUGACAAGGAAGUUCUGGUGGCGGCAGCGGGAAACGAAAAGGGCAGGGCUUUGAACUAAAGGGCUUUGAGCUCGAGAUGCUGUGCUUACUUAUCUCCUGCAGAAUGUUAAUUAUUUACCAAGAUAAUUGGUCGGGAGAGGAAAAAAAGAGAGGGGAGGUUAUUAAAAAAUUCCAACACUAACACACUACAAAAACCUCAUUUUCCAACUUGCAGCUGGCAUGAAAAGGAUGUUGUGUGUAAAAGGGCUCGAGUGUAUGUGUGUUGGGGGGGUGGCUUUUUAAGGCACCCAUUUCGUAAAUAGAGGAAUCCCUUCAGACGAAUGCAGCGGAAACAUCAAAGCUCCUGCAAGAGUUUUCUCUGGGGUUUCUAAACCGUGUCUGGUACUUU